AUGGCUCCAAAGAAGUCCAGCCUAAAGGCAGCUGGAAAAAGCCCAUCUAAACCCAAAGAGCCCAAAGACUCUGAUUUGAAAAAGCAGCUCUUAUUCCUAUGGGUCUGCUACGAGGUCUCGGGUAUUCGCGUUGACAUCCCAGCCGUCGCCAAAUACUUUGGCAUCACGAAGAAUGCCGCUGAAUGUAGAUUCAGGCGUUUGAAGACUAAGCUCAGUGAGAUGGAAGCUUCUACCAAGAGUGAUGAGAAAAAGGCCCAUGCGGCCAAGGUUGAGGAUGGUGACCAGGACGAGGAUGAUGACCAGGACGAGGCUCUGACCAAGGAUCAGACUUACGAUGCUGAUUCCGAGAUUGAGGGUGAUGACGGCAAUAUCAAGCAGGAAAUCCACUCGGAGAGCGAGUAG